CUAAGACUGUCUGCUGAAGCUGUGAAGAUCUGAAGGUGUAACCAUGCUGAGGGUAGCGCUUGUGCUUGGAUGCCUCCUGAGCCUCACUCUGGCUCUUCCUAUGGAGCGCAAACGACUUGCCCGGUCUUACUCUGGUGAUAGCUCUGACUCAAAUUCCAAUGAGGUUUACAGGCCAUGGUAUCCCACCUAUCACCAACAGCCUAUUGCUCAAAACUGGCUCAACAUCUUGAAACUGUGGGCUAGAUUCUUCAAUCAACGAAUUACUACUCCCACUAAAGCACCUACUACUGCUAAACCUACUACAGCUAAACCUACUACUGCCAAACCUACUACUGCUAAACCUACUACAGCUAAACCUACUACUGCCAAACCAACUACUGCUAAACCUACUACAGCUAAACCUACUACUGCUAAACCUACUACUGCCAAACCAACUACUGCUAAACCUACUACUGCUAAACCUACUACUGCCAAACCAACUACUGCUAAACCUACUACAGCUAAACCUACUACUGCUAAACCUACUACUGCCAAACCAACUACUGCUAAACCUACUACAGCUAAACCUACUACUGCUAAACCUACUACUGCUAAACCUACCACUGCUAAACCAACUACUGCUAAACCUACUACUGCCAAACCAACUACUGCUAAACCUACCACUGCUAAACCAACUACUGCUAAACCUACUACUGCCAAACCAACUACUGCUAAACCUACCACUGCUAAACCAACUACUGCUAAACCUACUACUGCCAAACCUACUACUGCCAAACCUACUACUGCCAAGCCAACUACAGCUAAACCUACCACUACGCCUGCUCCACCUACUACUACUAAGUAACAUCUGGAAUUUACCCAGAGAUCAAUGAGUGAAUGAAAACCAGCACUGAAUGACAUCGAUCUGUUUUAUAUCCACUUUGUUUCGUGUCAGUUUGUCAUGGCAACCAUUUUUCACACAUCAUUGUAGUUCAGUCAAACCUGUGGAUAAAAAACACUUCAGUCUCUGUAGU